CCGCAAAUGCAUCUACCACUGACAAAGUGCAUCGCAGGAUUCGCAGGCGUACAGCAGUGAGAGCUCGUGGACCAGGUUUAUACAACGCAAUAUCAUUCAUCAGUGCGGUCGUCAUGAAUAAAUCAUUGCAGCGAUUUACCUUUCUUCGGACAUCCGUGCGCCCAGAUGGAGCGAACCGGCCAACAGUAUGGUCGGGUGUCGCACUGCCCGUACAGUGAUUCUAGUUCCUCGGAGCUGCAAUCCUACGUGCGUCCGUUCGACACGGUGCGAGCACUGCACGAAACAGUUGUCUCACUGCGUACGGCUCUCGAGGAAUCGCGCCGUGAAGUUGAUCAGCUACGACAGCAGAUAAACGUACGAGAAACGGUUGAGCAGGGAAGAGCUAGUGUCGGAUUUAGAGCGUCCGAACAAGCCGAUAGUCAAAGAAAGCAACGGUCAACAUUGAGCGUAGAAAAACCAUCCACAUCUGGGCUUUUCAGACAUCCAUCGAAUCUCGACGUUAGCCGUAAAAUAUGUGAAGAUAUUUCGACCACCACAACAGAGGAUAAAAAGUCUAAGAAAUUAAAGAAACGAAAAGUUAAAACACAGCCUCCACCAUCGGACGAAAGCUGUUCUAGUCCACCAACAGCAGAGGAAGAGGCCAAAGUGGUUGAGGAUCCAGUGCGACCGAAAAAAGCAUCCACCAAGGAUGGUAGUUCUACGGCACAUCAGAAAGUGUCCGUAGUACCUGAUAUACAGAUAGUUUCGCAUCCCGGUGGAGGCACACAUUCGGCCAUGGCGUCACGAAUAGAUGUAAAGAUCAAGGUGUCGUCCAACAUCAACAUGGACGGAAGCAGUUCCGAGGCGGAAAGUUCCGAAUGUCUAAAAGAAUCCCCCACAACUCCCGAUGCGGCAGCUGAUCAAACGCCAGAAGAAGACGAUAAGACCAUUGCCGAACCGGAAGAGCGUGGAGCGGAUGAUGAAGUGACGGUACGUGAGCAGGUGCUGAAAGCGGACGGCGUGGAGAAUUUACGUGUUAGUGUCGUGAACGAGGAACAUUUGAGUGUGAGCAAAAGUUCGGAAGCGAUCAGCAUCAAGCAGGUUUCGUCGGAGAACUUGCACGUGGACACGGACCGUCAGUCGAAUGCAUCGAUCUCGGAGGGAGAUAAUUCGGUAUUUGCAGAAGAUCCGGCUACACCCCAGCCGGAAGUGGAACCGCAGGGAACUGGGCCUAUCACGGGCAGCUACACGUUGUCCGAAUCUUCCGGUGAUCCUCGACGGAGAAUGAAGAAAAGUGAAUCGGAAAACCAGGAGGAAGUGGACGAUAUUGAAUUGAUUUUUUCCUCCGAUGACAAUGCGAAGGACAUCACACAGGAAGACCUGGUGUCGAUAUCGGACUACGAGCCCUGGCAGGAGGCUGGCCAGUCGGGUACGCCAGUACUGGUGAGCUUCACCAAUUUGGCUUCCGAUCAGGAAAAGAUGAGCUCGCUUGAGCGUAGUGACAGUGAGGUGGUCGAAGGGUACGAGCUGGAGAAGGGCAAAAGCCUCGAAAGCCAAGACUCGCUAAGUAUGGACAACAUGAAGAAAAGUAUGGAUUUUAGCACAAAGUCGUCCAGCUUGGAGAAGGACACGAGCAUGGAUUAUGGCGCUUCCGGCAGCACUAUAAUCCCCGGACUGUGCCGUGCUGCUAGCAGCCAGGAUGAUGACGGAAAGCAGAACGAUAGUUUCGAUGUCGCCGGUUCGAAUCCUCUUGCGGCCGCAGGUGCGCUGGGACGACGCUGGACUAACUACAACGUGCUGAUCGAGACGGACAUCUCCAAGUGUGGCAUCACGGAGGAGAACAUUUUGGAGAUGGGACGUCGCAACACUUGUCCGAAUCCUCCCGCCUAUCGUCCCAUCAUUCAUCCGGGCAGUCGGAUACAGCCGACCGGUGGUGCCAAUCGAAGCCCGCUGGCAGUGAAGUUCUCCCGUUCGCCACGCACCUACUCACCGCACCAGUAUCUGCCACCGGGGAAAACGCUUCGUACGGUAAUAGCGGCUGAGAGUGGCGUCCGGGGAGCGACCGGUGACGAGGUUAAGCGCUCCCGGGCAGCACAAACCGAUAUAUCGGCCCUGGCCCAACAAUGGCGCUCCGAAACACAUCUGACCGGUUCUGAGUACGUGCCGGGGCUGUAUACACUACCGUCGAAGUUCGUUCCACCGGCACCCGGUGGAAAAGGUAAAUACCCACUCAGACCGUCGGAUAAAACGCAGGAAGCCCGCCGGGUGCUGCUGAGCGAUAUUAACUUUACCAGCAUGGUGCCGGAGCUGUCCCGAUCGGCCGAUCACCUCUGCCAGCAUCAGCAGGACGAAAACGGUGACCCGAACCGGUCGCCCAACUACUGCAAAGGAAACCUGCUAAAAACACCGGAAGCCACCAAAGGCAUUCCACCCAGCUUCAGCAUGACAUCGCCCGGCGUAUCGCAGUGGACGGUGAACGAAAGCAGCAUUGCCACCCAAACCACCCAAACGGACGCACUGUGGACGAAUCGGGGCGAUUCGUUCGACUCGUCGAAAAGCUACUCGGCCGGCUCACGCUAUUCCACGCUCAGCAAGCACCACCGGUCCCGCAGCGUACCGUCGAUGCGCUGUGCCAUCUGCCGGCAAACGCACCAAAACACGGCACUGCGACCGUCGGAAAGCAUGCACUACACACCGCGCGUCACGUUUCAGGAGCAACCGGUACACAAAAUCCGCGGUUCACUGCCCGACUUGCGGCACGAUUGCAACUGCCCCCGCCGUUACGGUGGUCCGUCGCUGUACCGGAUCCAUGGUGAUUCGGGCGGAUCCACGGACAGUUUGCUGGAGGAAGCGGAAGAAUUUCUUCGCCGUUCGCUCGAGGGUGGCAAUAUGCUGGCGAUGGAAGAUUCGCUCGGACAGCUUGACGUCGGUGUGCCGCCACCGGCAACGGCUGGACUGUUGCCACACGUCACCUUUCACGGGCAUGCGGCAGGCCACGCACAUCCGGCCCUGCAUCAUCCGACCGCAAAACACCGACGGUGCUCGGAAAAUGACAUUCAGAGGGACUACAUUCCCUCCAAACAAGCGCUACCAUUUUUGCCAAAAACAUCCAAAUGUCUCAAGCCGGGCCAUCUGGCGAAGGUCAUCUCGCCGAACGGGCGCGUCAUAGUCGGCCGGGUACGGUACAUCGGUCCGUUGGCCGGCACGGACUCGGAGGAUACUUACGUCGGGCUGCAGUUGCCGAACAAUUUGGGCGACUGCGACGGUACGAUCGAUGGAAAACGAUUUUUCGAGUGUGAACCACUGCACGGUAUCUUCGUACCGUUCAAGAAGGUCGUCAUGGCAUGGAACUCAUAAAAAAAAAAAAC